AUGAAGGAGAAGCACCCUGACAUAACCAGCACAAUCCCAGCUCCGACAUUGACAAACAUCCCAUCUCCAAAAAAGAUCAAGUUGGCAGUUCCAACAACAGCAUCCAACACCAUCCCAGAUCCAACUACAAAAACCACCACCAUGCUAGAUCCAGCAAUUACAACCACCACCACUCUGCCAUCAACUCCAAGUGAACAGAUGCAAAGGACACACCGUGAACUUUUCAGAAAAGUGCGGAGCACUGAGGAAGUGGAAGUCCUAACAUCAGCAGGUGAUGAAAACAGAGAUGAUGAGGCUGAUCUGGGUGACAUAACGUAUCCACCAAAAGAUGACCAAUUGAAAGUCAUGGUCCAGUAUAUUCUGAAGAACAAAACGUUACCUGUUAUACUUCCUGAACAUUUUCGGCUUCCAUCAGUGGAAAAGGAAUACCCAAGGCAUCUAAUUCCAGAGGAGAUGAUGUGCCAGCACUGCCCUGGCAAUGUACCCCUGAGUGACCCAGUCCUUAUUACACAAAAGGCCAAAAUCCUCACCAGCUCACGUAUUGUUCAAGAUGUUUCUACCUGCUGUAAGUCUUGUCAUCAGUGUGGAGCCUUCUUUCGCUACCAAGAGUGGAAAGAUGGCAUACACAAUUUUAAUGAUCGGAUACUCCUUGACCUCCCUUUAUGCAUAACUAUUAGGAAUAUGCUACAGGUCCAUACUGCUGUCUGCAGAGUGGUGGAGUAUUUGGAAAGGACUACCGGUGUGCACUUUCCCUCAGCUGAUACGAUUAUGCAAGGAUAUCUUCACUUUGAAGCUCUUACAGAACAUGACUACGAGUAUUCCUGUGUGAACUGUGGGGACCAUCCACCAGUUGUCAUCAUGGACCUCCAUAAGAAGGGGGCCUUCCAUUUGUCAGUAAGUGACCUUUCACCACCCCCAGAAGACUUCAACGGAGAGGUUGAUAUGCAUUCUUUUUGGGAGGCACUUUCAUUGGAGAGGAUUGGUCAAGGAUUUGUAACAAGUCAACAAAAAAAUACUUUUACAGUCCCACCAAGUUACAACUUUUGGGCACCAUGGAUAGGUCCAAAAACAUGUAGAUCAAACCAUGUCCUUAAUACGGAAUAUCAAAAAGUCCGUCCUCCAAAACCGACCGAGGUCUCUGAAAUGACAGUAACAGAGGACCGCCUAAGAGAGGAACUAUACAAGCAGAAGGUUCAGGUGGUUAGGAAAUUAUGUAAGGAGUGUGGGUUAGAUUCGUCUGGAUCACGAGCUGACCUCCUUCUGAGAUUGUCAAAUGAAAUGAAGUCCAGGCAGACAUACGACAAGGUUUUUCAAAAGAUCUGGGCUGCUUCAGGUGGUUGGGCUGUAAUUAUGUGCCCAUGUGGCAUUGUGUACAGCAUAAAGUGUAACAUUCGAGCAGAAAGCCCACGUGACUUUGCAGACAUGUUGCUUUCUUGGAAGCACAUGCCAAAUGUUAUCAUAUAUGACUUUGCACGUGGGUUAGCAACCCACAUGAACCUUAGAGAACCAGGAAGUUUGCCUCUCAAACCUUUUGAAGGACGGUUAAACCCCCCAACUCCAGACAACAUAGCCAAAGCCAAAGAUGGGAAACUGAAGGUCUCACUACCUUGGCUGAAUUGUAAAAAAAAUAUUCCAGACCCUGAAGGCCAUCGAGUUACUGGUUCAGCAGAGCAUUAUGCUCUGUAUGAUCGGUUCCACGAGGACAAUACGAAAGAUCCCCGUGAUGUUCUGCGGAAGCUUCGCACAGUCCCACAACUGGCUGGAAAAGUAAACAGUCAAGUUGCAGAACAGCUAUUUUCCAGAAUGAAGAAAAAUAAUUACUUUUUAAACAUGGCUUUACCUUCAACACAUCUGUUCCUUAUGAGGAAUAUUAUACACCAUCAUAACACGUACAGAAAUGAACAACGUCUAGGCAACAUAAAAAAGGCUUUUGGAAAUGAUGUCACAAUGAACAGGCACAGCCAGGCAGUGUUAGUUAAUCCGGUAUCCCCAGAGAAGGUCUCCACUGUUUCAAUCGGCAUUGAUGUACCAACUGAAUUGAAUCCUAUCCAGGACAAACUGCUCAGCUAUGUUCUGGACACAAGACGGCCUGGAGCAGAAAUUAUUAUAAAAGAAGGGUCCACAUGUCUCACCCGUGAAGAGAUUCGGAGCCUAGGGUUACAAAGAAACAUGGAUUCCCAGAUUGGGAAUGCCUGCUUCAAAUUGAUUCAUGAAGCAGCUCAGCAACAUGGAAAAGACAUAUAUAUAGAGGACAUGUACGUAAUUCCUACAUGGAAGUGUACACCAAAAAAUAUGGCUGUUAACUUUCCAGAGGAUGUUGACAUGAAAGACUUGUUGGUGUUUCCAGCGUGGACCAACUCAAAUGGGCCAGAACACUUCAUUCUCUGUGGAUUGCCACUCCAAAACUUUGGGAAUGACUGCGGGAUUUUCAUUCUCAUGUACACCCUCUGCAUUGUGACAGGUGUGGGGUUUGACUUCCAGGAGCGGUUUGCCUUCUGGACUGAUGAGGCCAGAAGCUUGGUCCAAGGAGCUCUUCAGCCUGUCUCCCGAGUGCCAAGACUGAGUGCUGUCUCUGAGAAGGUCCCAGUCCACAUUGAGUCUGUGGAUCACCGCACCACAGAAGAAAAGAGACUGGUGGACUUUAUAGGAGAGUUACAGGGAUCUGAGGAGCAUUUGGUGACUUACAAAGCUACUGUAUAA